AUGGACAACGUCUCGUUGCGAACAGGCUGCCCAGCAUACAUACCGGGUGUUGAGACCUCGUAUGGCUACGUCCCAUCCGAAGGGGCUGGCAUCGCUUUUGUUGUCAUCUUUGGUGUCUCCUCGCUGUUGCACCUGGGGCAAACGAUAUGGAGCAGACAGUGGUGGACUAUCUUGUUUGCCAUUGGUGGCCUGACGGAGGUCAUCGGUUGGGCGGGACGAUUGUGGUCGGCGUACUGCCCGUACAACACCAACGCUUUCCUGAUGCAAAUUACAACACUCAUCCUCGCCCCAACCUUCUGGACCGCCGCCCUAUACGUCAUCCUCGGCCGCCUCAUCACGCUGUCCGGCCCCUCGACCUCGCCGCUUUCCCCACGCACCUACCUCAUCGCCUUCUGCACGGCCGACGUCGUCUCGCUCAUCCUGCAGGCCGUCGGCGGCGGCAUGGCGUCCGUCGCCGCCUCGGACACGCCGGCCGGCGACACGGCCCCGGGAACCAACAUCAUGGUCGCCGGCAUCGUGUUUCAGAUGGCCGCCAUCACCGUCUUCUGCGCGCUGUUUGCCGUGUUUUUGAAGAGGACGGUGACGGCCACUAAGAAGGGUGGGGAAGUGACGCCGUUGAGUGCGAGGGUGAAGGUGCUGGUCGUGGCGACGACGGCGUCGAUUGCGUUUAUCUACGUGCGGAGUAUCUACAGGACGAUUGAGCUGUUGGAGGGGUGGGAUGGCUAUCUCAUCACGCAUGAGGUGUACUUCGUCGUGCUGGAUGGCGCGAUGAUGGUGUGCGCUGUGGCGGUGUUUAACCUGGUGCAUCCGGGGUGGUUCUUGGUGGGUGGUGAUGGUCAGAAUGGAGCGCAGGGUGGAAGAGCAGGCAAGAAAAUGAGCGAGGUGGAGAUGGAGAGCAGGCCGUUUUCGACGGCGUCGACGGUCGAGGCUGGUGGUGGGGAGGAAAAGGAGGGGACGAAGACGCCGAGGACGGAUGUUUGA